AUGGUACGGGGCCUACCUUGCGAAUAUUAUUUGCGUAUAUUGUCUCUUGGAUCAGAUCCGAACAUUGACAUUGUCGCGGUGCAUGGCCUUAAUCCUAAAAGCAAAAAGAACCAUGCUGAGAAGACUUGGGAGUCAAAUGGCAAGCUUUGGCUUAGGGAUUUCCUCCCCAAGCAAUUACCACGAGCGAGGAUCUUCCUCUUCAGUUACAAUUCCAAAGUCGUGAUCCAGUCUUCUGCAGCUGGUGUGCGAGAUCAGGCACACAUUCUCCUUGAUAGGUUAAGACUGGAGAGAGAGAACUGCGAAUUCCGACCGCUGUUGUUUAUUGCUCAUAGCCUGGGAGGAAUCGUUGUCAAAGAGGCGCUUGUUCAAGCCAAACUCAGCGCAACUUAUGGCUCGAUAUGCACUUCAACAUUCGGCAUUGCGUUUUUCGGCACACCUCAUCGAGGAACUCAACUGGCACGUGUGGGAGGCGUGGCUGCCAAGCUCGUGAGGACUGUGCUAGGAACAGCAAGUAACACGCUCUUGAAAGCUCUUGCGCGAGGAAGCCUUUAUGCUCAGGAACUCUCCGCAAACUUUGACAAGCUCCUUGAGAAUUAUCAGUAUUUGAGCUUUUAUGAGACCCUACCAUUCAAAGGCAUUGGCAUAAUUGUCGAAAAGCAUUCUGCCGUCCUUGGUUUGCCAGACUCGCGUGAGAAAGCAAUCGCACUGAAUGGCGAUCAUGACGCUAUCUGCAGGUUUUCCCGCGAGGAAGAUGACGACUAUCGAUAUGUUUCAUCCUUGAUUGUCGAACUUGCAAGCUCCGCGACGGAGGCACGUGCAAUGAUGAGUAGCUUCAGUGAAUCAGACUCCAUGCUCUUAGCUGAUGAAGCAAAUCCAUCCUUCUUCAUGAUGCCUUACGCACGUAACCCCGGAUUUGUCGGCCGUGAGCAUACUCUAAGCCAGCUAGCGGAGCAUAUCAUGCCGCUGGGCAAAACUCAUUCUCGGGUAGCCUUAUAUGGUCUCGGCGGUGUCGGUAAAACCCAGAUAGCCAUUGAGCUCGCACAUCAAGUACAUGAAGCUCAUCCUGAUGCAUCAAUAUUCUGGAUCCACGCAAACAGUAUCAGUCGAUUCCAAGAAGGUUACCAUGAUAUCAUCAGGGAAUGCGACAUCGAGAACUCAGACGAUAAGAAUAAUAACAACUUGAUGCUCGUUAAACAGUGGCUGGAAAAGCAAUGUAAACGCUGGUUAUUGAUCAUUGAUAAUGCCGACCAAGCCUCUCUCUUUACGUCAGAAACGCGUCACGGUCACGGUGUUUCGAAAACGGCUGCCCAGCUCGAAGAAGAUUCAUCAAUCCUUCAGUACCUUCCAGAAAGCCCCUAUGGAUCGAUUCUCAUCACAACUCGUAACCGAGCUGCUGGUGUCAGAUUCGCCAGGACUAUUGCACAAAACAUGGUCGAGGUGGAAACUAUGACCAAGGAAGAGUCGAAAUGCUUGAUAAAAUCCGUUUUGAGCAGAGAUUAUCCUACAGAAUCAGAUAUGGACGAUCUUGCCAGGCUGCUCGAUUACCUACCGUUGGCGAUCAUGCAAGCCGCUUCUUUCAUGCAAGAAAAUGUGCUCACCGUGAACGAGUACAUUCAGCUUCAUAAUGACAGUGAUGAGACCAGAAUGAAUUUACUGUGCGAGCCCUUCGAGACGCUAGGAAGAGACAGCGGAACCCCAAAUGCUCUUGCAACCACUCUGAUCGUUUCUUUAGAUCAUAUCAGAAAGCAUGAGCCGUACGCCAUCGAUGCGCUUUCCCUGAUUGCUUUCCUUGACCAACAUCACAUUCCAACAAGUCUGAUGCAACAAAAGAUUACCCAGAAGCUUGACUUGACGAAGGCGCUAGGUACGCUUAAAGCAUUUUCGCUGAUAAUAGCAAACGGAAACAGUCAAGACUUCUCCAUUCACCGGCUCGUGCAAUUGACUGUGCGGAAAUGGCUGAUAAUCGAGCAUGAAUUCGAAGAAAAAGCCAUCCAAGCCAUGGACAUCCUCGCUGAAAUCUAUCCAAAUGCCGUGUGGGAAAACUGGGCUACCUGCGCUGCCUAUCUGCCUCAUGCUAUGUCGGUGCUCAAUUUCAUACCAGAAUUACAUGGGAAGCUGUUGAGAAGGAGGCUAUACCUCCAAGAAGGAAUAGCCUUCUACCUGUGGUCCCAGGGCCGUACAGACGAGGCGGAGAAACUUGACCUCCUUAUUGUGGAGGAGAAUAAAAAGGAAUUUGGUAUAGAACAUCCAGAGACCCUGGAGAGCAUUGCCGGUCUCGCCUCGACAUAUUCGGAUCAGGACAGACUGGUGGAGGCUGAGGAACUCGAUUCAUUCCUCGUUACUACCAGGAAGAAGGUCCACGGGGAGAAAGAUCUCCUGACUCUAGGAAGUAUGCAGUCUUUGGCGGACACUUGGAGGAAGCAAUGUCGCUUUCAGGAGGCGGAAGAUCUGCUAUUGGAAGUGCUCGAAACAGCCAGGUCCGUCUAUGGGGAAGAACAUGAAAUGACGGUGGGUACCAUUGGCAGUUUAGGGACACUCUACUAUGAACGAGGUGAUUUGGAAAAAGCCGCGGAGUUCAGAUUCAGAGAUUGGAACUGGCACAAAGAAAACUACGGUCCAGAUCACCCCUGGGCUCUAGGCAUUGCUCGCAAUCUUGCCUCAAUCUACGAAGAGCUGGGCAAGCUACAAGAUGGGAAAGAGUUGUGUACUCAAACGCUCCAGGUGUGUGAGGAGAAGUUGGGUCCAGAUAACCGGACUACUCUAGCUUGCAAAGAGAGUUUGUUGAGUAUCUACACCAGUCUUGAGGAGUGGCAAAACGCAGAGGACCUGUGCUUGCAGAUUAUUGAACAGACUUCAAAAGCACAUGGACCGACUCACUAUGAAACACUCGACUGGAGGAGUGAGCUGUGCGGUAUCUAUUGGAGAAUGAGUGGCCACGGUGAUAAGAUUAGAAAAUUGGACGACGAAAUCAUCAACGACAGCGUCCGCACGUUCGGUUCAGAUCAUGCCUAUACCCUAAAAUUCACUGCUUUGGCUCGGUUCCACCAAGGGGAAGUCGCUGAGGCAAUACAGCUGAUAGCGCAGGCUACAAACAAGAUGGAAGUGCUAUUAGGCGCUUUUCACACGGAGACCCUGGCGUCAGUCCGGGUAUUGAGGGGUUGGUGUGAACCCGAACGAGAUGUCGUGGAUGUACUCUUGGAGGCCGAAGGACUGGGCGAUUGA